AUGACAGUUGGAGGAGGCCAGGGAGGUAACCAACAGGGUCAGGACCAGGGGAGUAAUGUCGAAAGCCCUGGAAAUAAUGCGGGUAGUCGCGAGGGAGAUGACCGUGCCUUAGAACGGUUCCAAAAGUUUGUACCUACGAAAUUUAUAGGUGGAUCUAACCCUGACUUAGCGGAGGGUUGGUUGGACCGCAUGUUGGAUAUAUUUGCUGUGCUUGGGUAUUCAGAGGAGCGGCAAAUAUCUUUUGUUGUUUUUCAAUUUGAGGGGGCUGCCCGAACUUUGUGGAAUGUGAUUAAGGCCAAAUGGGAGCGGGAACAGACCCCCUGGACGUGGGUCAACUUUACAUGGGAAUUUAAUGAGAAAUAUUUGCCACCUAUUGUACAAGAGAGGUGGGAGGAUGAUUUUAUCCGCCUGCGCCAAGGGUCAUCCAGUGUGGCGGAGUACGAAACUCAGUUUACGAAACUCUCUCGCUUCGCUCCGGAUCUGGUGCAAACGGAGCAAAAGUGA